UUUAAGUUGCAUAUCUCUCUUUUAAUACAGAAGAUAUUUUUAUAUUUUCAUUAUUUUGUAAAUAAAACAGUUAAAUAUGGAAGUGGGUUUUAAUUAAACAAAUGUUGUAAGUACUGGUAGCUGGUAUUCUGUAUUUGAAAGAAUCUGUUUUAAGUCACUACGAGCUUAUUUUAUAAAAUAAUAUGUUAUAAUUACUUCAAUGUGAACAAGGAAAGAUCGCUUGGUUUGUCAUUUGAAACCAGGUCGCUGGGUGACGUCACUCCGUGGGAUUCGCGGACUUGUGGCGAAGGGAAUAGUUUUUCUCUGCUUUAACUAUGACUGGCAGCCGUCAUUUAUGGCAUUUCGGGAAAGUGGCAGUUGGCACAAUAAAACCAUGACUAAUUUUUGCUAAGUUCCAAAAUAAAAAGUAUCCAAUAGAAAUGUAAAUUUUAUAACGUCGAUUUCACUUAUUCUGUAACUAUGAUUGAGAAAAUGACUCCGUUUCGUAGAAAGAAAAGUGGUAAAUCGUUUCCCGUCAAAGUCUGCACUUUGGAUGCGGAAUUGGAGUUUAAUUUGGAAUGGAGAGCGACAGGAAGGGAUCUUUUUGAGCUGGUGUGCAGGACUAUAGGUUUAAGGGAAACUUGGUAUUUUGGAUUGCAAUAUGAAGACUCCAAGGGUUUUAUAUCGUGGCUUAAACUCGAUAAAAAAGGUAAAUGCUUAUCGUUACUGUUUGGGGAGUUAAAAAGCGGAACGUCUUUUGUAGUUCAAGACCAAAGCAUUCAAAAGAAUGACCAGACAGCAUCAUUUAUGUUCCUAGCCAAGUUUUACCCAGAGGAAGUGGCCGAGGAACUGGUGCAAGAAGUGACCCAGCACUUGUUCUUUCUGCAAGUAAAACAGGCCAUUUUAUCAAUGGAUAUUUAUUGUCCCCCUGAGGCUUCAGUAUUAUUGGCCAGCUAUGCCGUUCAGGCUAAAUUUGGUGACUUUGAUGAGGACACUUACAAGCCAGGAAUGUUGGCAAGUGAGGAUUUGCUGCCGCAACGAGUGAUAGAUCAAUACCAAAUGACAUUGGAGAUGUGGGAGGAGCGAAUCAGGGUGUGGUACGCUGAUCAUAGGGGUAUGUCGAGAGACGAGGCAGAAAUGGAGUAUUUGAAAAUAGCCCAGGACUUGGAUAUGUAUGGGGUCAAUUAUUUUCCCAUACAGAACAAAAAAGAGACUGAAUUAUGGUUAGGCGUGACCGCAUUGGGUUUGAACAUCUACGAAAAGGAAAACAAACUGCAGCCGAAAACUACGUUCACGUGGAGCGAAAUCCGCCACAUUAGUUUCGACGACAAAAAGUUCAUUAUCAAGCCCGUCGACAAGAUCGCCCCGAAUUUCGUAUUUUUCAGUCAAAAAGUUAGGAUGAACAAAUUGAUUUUAGAUCUGUGCAUGGGCAACCACGACCUGUUCAUGCGCAGGCGCAAACCCGACUCGAUGGAGCUGCAGCAGAUGAAGGCGGCCGCCAAAGAGGAAAAACAACGGAGACAGGUGCAGAGGAACAGACUGGCGCGGGAGAAGCAGCUGCGGGAGGAGGCGGAAAGGGAGAGAGCCAACAUGGAACAAAGGCUGUUGCAGUAUCAGGAAGAGAUACGUCUCGCCAACGAAGCUCUGAGACGCUCCGAAGAGAGCGCCGACCUUUUGGCGGAAAAGAGCAGGGUAGCCGAAGAGGAGGCCCGUCUUUUGAGUCAGAAAGCUGCCGAGGCCGAACAAGAGAUCACCAGGCUAAGGUUAACCGCGAUGAGAAAGGACGAGGAAAAGGUGACGUUGGAGCGUAAGACUAGGGAGGCGGAGCUGCUGACAGCGCGACUGGUGGAGGAGUCGGAGAGGCGGGCCGCGGAAGCGAACAAACUGAAAGACGAGUUGCUCAGGGCGAGGGCGGCCGAGAAACAAGCCAAGGAGAAAUUGCUCGAUUUUCUCAAUCGAAGCACUUUCACCGCCGGUUCUACUCCCGCGUCACCCCUAUCGUCGGUGAGCGCGCUGUAUUCGGCGCCCCUAUCGCCGAACAACAUCCAUUCUGAACUGUCGCUCUAUGAGAGCGAAGCCAGCACAUCCCCCGACUUCAAUCUCAACAUCAACUCGUACGAUCUGAUCGUGAACGCUGACGCCGAGCAAUUAUCCCUCGAGAUCGAAAAGGAACGGGUCGAUUACUUGGAAAAAUCGAAAAACCUCCACAACCAACUGAAGGAGUUGCGGUCCGAGAUCGCGGUACUAAAGGUCAGCGAGAAAUCGUCCGAGUACGACCAACUGCACGAGGAGCAGGUGAAACUCGGCGAGAACAAGUACUCUACGUUGAAAAAGAGUAAAAGCGGAAGCACCAAGAGUCGGGUGGCCUUUUUCGAGGAAUUGUAAACGGGUGGGGUUUCAGUCGACGCUCCUAUACGCGCUUCUUGGAUAAUUCGAAGAGUGGGCCAUAUUUAACGGUACAGUGAACACAAAAAGGAAAAAUCGUGCCGACAAACUGGGGAAUUAUCAUUUUCCUGUUGGGGCUCUUUUUCGUCUGCGAGCUGAAGUGCACUUGUUAAACUAAGCAUAAUUACAACAAUUCGACAAUUUUGUUAGAGUAUAUUUAGGUACAAACGAGAGAAAAAUACAUAUUUUUAAGAUAGUACUGUGGUUUUAUUCAGGUCUCUUCAAGAAAAAAAUACCUAACCUCUACUAUGGAGUAAACAAACCAGCAAGUUAUAAAUGCGUCACCCUAAAAACCGAAUUUUUCUGGGAAAACGGCAAGUUUAAGUUCCUUUGCUCAUAAUUAGCGUACCCUGCAGAGUUAUGGUAAAGAGAUACUUUAAAGUUGCACAACCUUGAUGAUUCCCUAAAGAAUAGGUCUGGACUAAUCUAUCAUCCUCUAGCUGUAUCAAAAUUUAUACACGAAUCAACGUCAAAACACAAUACAAAUCCUUAACUUUCCGCAUAAAACAACGACUUUUCACUACACUUUAAAAAAUUCAAGUGUUUAAUGUACCCUUUACUAUUUACCAAAAC